AUGCAUUUCAGCAAGUUCGCACGUUUCCUGGCGGUCCUCGCCACAGCGACCCCCAUUCUGGCCCAGGAGGCUGCCGCCGAAAAUGACUUUGAUGUUGUGGAGCGCCGCUACGUUGGAGGUGGUACGGCCUUUGCUGCACUCAUCGCUCGGAACGAGGAAAGCUCCUUCGCCACCAAGGACUUGGUCGCCAAGGACGAGGAGUCCGCCGACGUUACCAUUCGCGAUACCACUGAGGAGGACGAAUCUGAAUCUGGUAUCGAGGCCCGCGACCCACAAAGGAAGAAGAAGGGCGGCAAAAGGGGAGGCAAAAAGAAGAACGCCAAAAGGGCCAAGAGGGCCAAACGCGACGAGGAUGAGGUGACCGCACAGGCCGAUAUCGAAACCGAAGAGCACUCUACUCUCGAGACUCGUGAGCCACAGAGGAAGAAGAAGGGCGGAAAAAGGGGAGGCAAAAAGAAGAACGCCAAGAGGGCCAAGCGCGACGAGGAUGACGUGACCGCCCAGGCCGACGUUGAAGCCGAAGAGCAGUCUACUCUCGAAACUCGUGAGCCACAGAGGAAGAAGAAGGGCGGCAAGAGGGGAGGCAAAAAGAAGAACGCCAAAAGGGCCAAGCGCGAUGAGGAUGAUGUGACCGCCCAGGCCGACGUCGAAACCGAAGAGCACUCUACCCUCGAGACUCGUGAGCCACAGAGGAAGAAGAAGGGUGGCAAAAGGGGAGGCAAAAAGAAGAACGCCAAGAGGGCCAAGCGCGAUGAGGAUGAGGAUGAGGUGACCGCCCAGGCCGACGUCGAAACCGAAGAGCACUCUACCCUCGAGACUCGUGAGCCACAGAGGAAGAAGAAGGGCGGCAAGAGGGGAGGCAAAAAGAAGAACGCCAAGAGGGCCAAGCGCGAUGAGGAUGAGGAUGAGGUGACCACCCAGGCCGACGUCGAAACCGAAGAGCAGCCUACCCUCGAGACUCGUGAGCCACAGAGGAAGAAGAAGGGUGGCAAAAGGGGAGGCAAGGCCAAAAAGGCCAAGGCUGCUAAGGCCAAGGCCACCUAA